ACAUCAAUCGUAUCACAAAAGCUGAUGAAGUAGGUCAUGUAAAAUCUCGUAUACUGAUCAUAUCAGUAUCCCCAGAUUCUCCUUAUCAGUACAUAUCUAUAAUGAACUGCAUUUUUUCUGCACAAAAGUUGUGCAUUCCCAUUGAUGUUUGUAAAGUCUACGGAGGAGAUACUCCGGUAUUCUUGCAACAAGCAUCGCAUAUAACUGGUGGAAAAUACUUGAAGCUUGACAAGGCCCAAGGAUUAUUACAAUUCUUAAUGAUUGCAUUUCUACCUGAUCGAUACAACAAAAAAUACCUUUGUUUGCCAGGGGAGGAAAAAGUGGAUUUUGGGGCAGCUUGUUUCUGUCACAAAAAGAUUAUUGAUGUAGGAUAUGACAAAAUUGAUGUUGGCGUCAGCCAAACAAAAUGGGCAGAAAAGUGGGGUCAUCUAAAACCAG